AUGACUAUGAGAAGGGUAGAACUUAGUACUUCCAGUCAGCCAUCCAUCAUGAACGCAUACACUCAAUCUGACGUGAGAGAACGGAUGAAGUUUUCGGCAAUCCUCAACCCGAUGAAUAUCGAACACUUGGCAACUGAUGAACGUCAGCCACUGUCAGAAGGGACAGUAAAUCCUAAAAACCUUCCAUUACUCCCUCUGCCAAAGGAAUUAGAUGGAAGGAAUAUGAUAGCAUCCAACUUCUGGUCAGCUUCAGUCAUCCAAUGUCCGCGCCCAUUACCGAAAGUAACUACGACAAUUGAGGGCUCAACCGCCGAAUUCCUCAAACUGCCGUCGAUUGUAUCAUUUCAUUCCUCGGGCCAACUAGAUGACGAUCAAGAGGAAUGGCACGACGGAGUUAAGAUAGGCCUGAGCCGGCUAGAUUCUUCGCCACUCCUAGAUCACCAAAUGAAAUCGCAGAGGAAAACCUCAAAACGCCUAUCUCAUAGUCAAGAUUUAACGUGGGGGAGUCAAAAGCGAAGGCAACGAGCUACUCCUCCGCUUUCACCCGAGACCACUAGCCAAAGAGGAGCCGCUAACCACUGCAAUCAGCCCUAUCUACGCGAGCACCUGCACUGCGUGCGCUAUCUCAAGGAAGAUCUUCACCUGCCCUGGGGUGUCGUUUACCGCCAGUUCAACCACAUUUUCCGUCAUCAGCCUGGCUUCAUUGAACGCGAGUCGGAAGCGGCCUUGACGUCACGCAGCUAUCGGGACAACUUCACAUACGCUAGUGUGAACGGUGAGCCACUCUUAUCGAGCAACGGCGCUCCUAUUCGAGUCAAGGCUAAGGUACGUCGGCGACUGGUGGCUGAGGAAAGGCAUAUUCCGUUUAAGCUUGUCGAAAAGCAUCCUUCGUGGGCCGUGACUUAUAGCUGGGUCAGGCCGGAACACAAGGCACAAGCCCAAGCUAUCCUCGAUGCUGUCGAUCCGCUCUAUUAUCACUCCGAAAAAGAUCAACAUCGCCGUGUGAUUGAACGGGCAGAGCAGAUUGAAAGAAGCUUGGCACGUCAGACGACACCUGCCGUAGGAAAGACUCGCAUUUCCAUCACAACACCACCUGCAUCCCCUUUCCACAUGUCUACCCCCUCGGAGUCCAAUGGAUCUCAGAGAUUUGGCAACGGUUGCUCAAGCUCUCCCCAAACUUCACCUACUCAUUGUGACAGCCAUCCAUUUGUUUCAGCUGCCGCCAGGCGCUUAAUUUCAGCAACUGCUCCGUAG